GUCUACCUUCACAGGGACAGGGACAAACAUCGGAACAAACUAAACUUAAAGAAGUGAAUUCUUGUUGAUUAUCACGAACACAGAUAUAUGCAUACACAAGAAGCUGUGUAUAUUCACUGACGUUGUAAGCAAGAUGUUGACGGAGUUGAUACUUGGGACAGCUGUUGUGCUGUUUCUCGCCUACAUAUAUCAAUCGAAAAGGAAGUAUAGUAAGAUGCCCCCGGGUCCGAAACCACUGCCAAUACUGGGUAAUUUCUUCGAACUGAAGGAAGCGACAAUGGUACAAGAUCUCACUCACGUGGGUUCGCAAUACAAUGGUAUAUUCACCGUCCAUUUGCUAAUGACGCCGGCAGUCGUUCUGGACAAAUUCCAAAUCAUAAGGGACCUCCUUUAUUCUCCUGAAUAUGCUCAUAUCUUCAGUGGAAGAGUUAGCACAUAUUUUAGCAAGUAUUUGCUUCCGCAUGAUAUGAUUUUCCAGACGGCCAGUAACAGUCAGAAGUACUUGAGAAAACUAACCUUUCGAGGAAUAAAACAAUAUGGAACCGCAUUGGAAAAUGUUGAGCAUCAUGCUCAAGUAGAAAUACAAGAAAUGAUUAACAGGUGCAGAGAACGAAAUGGCGUCUCGUUUGACCCGUGGGAGGACCUGAAUCAGUAUGUCAGCAACGUGAUCUUGAUAUUGGUUUGUGGAAAAAGAUUUGAACCUGGCCAUCAGACACUGGAAAUUUGUCAGAAUGUUGGCGCUGACUUUGAGUAUCUCUUUAACUUCAAGAACCAGAUUCUCAUGGGCAAUGUCCCGUUUAGUACAAAGUUGAUGCCGAACCUAAGACGGGCUUGUCAAACUAUGAAGGACGGUUACCACUAUUUUACUGAGACUGUUGACAAAAUAUCAAAGGAAUCCAAGGGUACGAUGCCCGACUGUCUCUAUACAUUGCUUCUGAAAGAGCAUGAGGAGGGAAAGAUAUCAAAGGAAAAUAUAAAAGGCGUUCUGAUAGAUUCCCUGAUUGCAGGUGUCACCACAACAAAACCAACCCUCUAUACUGCCCUAAUGGCAAUGGUAAGCUUUCCUGAGGUCCAGAAGAAGAUCCAGGAGGAGAUCCAGAGGGUGGUUGGGAAGACCGACUUCCGGGUUAUUUACAACGUAUGGCAAGUACACCAUGACGAAUCAUUUUGGGAGAAUCCCUUCACAUUUGAUCCAACCAGAUUCUUGGAUGAACAUGGCAAACUGCUCCCACCAGAGGAUGAAAAACGUCAGAGACUGUUGACGUUUGGCAUCGGAAAGCGGUCUUGUAUUGGCGAGAAGCUGGCCCGAGUGAGGAUAUUUCUUGGACUGACGUCCAUACUACAAAACUUCGACCUGACUCGUGAUCCAUCAGAACCUUUCCCUUCACCCGAUCCCCGCACAUACGAGAUUAAAUUUCUCUUACAGCCACCUUCGUACAAGCUACAGUGCAAACCCAGGCAAUGAGAGCCACAAUACGCGCAGUUUACCAUCGUGUAUACGGCCACCUUCGUACAAGCUACAGUGCAAACCCAGGCAAUGAGAGCCACAAUACACGCAGUUUACCAUCGUGUAUACGGCCACCUGCGUACAAGCUACAGUGCAAACCUAGGCAAUGAGAGCCACAAUACACGCAGUUUACCAUCGUGUAUACGGCCACCUUCGUACAAGCUACAGUGCAAACCCAGGCAAUGAGAGCCACAAUACACGCAGUUUACCAUCGUGUAUACGGCCACCUUCGUACAAGCUACAGUGCAAACCUAGGCAAUGAGAGCCACAAUACGCCCAGUUUACCAUCGUGUAUACGGCCACCUUCGUACAAGCUACAGUGCAAACCUAGGCAAUGAGAGCCACAAUACACGCAGUUUACCAUCGUGUAUACGGCCACCUUCGUACAAGCUACAGUGCAAACCUAGGCACUGAGAGCCACAAUACGCCCAGUUUACCAUCGUGUAUACGGCCACCUGCGUACAAGCUACAGUGCAAACCUAGGCAAUGAGAGCCACAAUACACGCAGUUUACCAUCGUGUAUACGGCCACCUUCGUACAAGCUACAGUGCAAACCCAGGCAAUGAGAGCCACAAUACACGCAGUUUACCAUCGUGUAUACGGCCACCUUCGUACAAGCUACAGUGCAAACCCAGGCAAUGAGAGCCACAAUACGCCCAGUUUACCAUCGCGUAUACGGUCAUUGUCCUUCAUGUUCAGCAGAGUAGUUGUAUACCUGUAUCUGCAUAUGAACCGAUUGCAGUGAUUGUAGCUAUCGAUAUGCAUAUUUAAACUUUUAAAACGUUUAUUUUUAACUUGGACUAAGUUCCAACAUGGGAUGUUAUUUAAAUCAAGUAUGU